AUGGGAGCUGAAGGACUACCCAGUCUAUCUGACCCCAGCCUGAAAGCUUUUGAAGGAGCUACUCUCCGUUACGCCUCACUGAGACUGCACCCUGCCCAGUUAGAKACAGUGGACCUCAACAGUGCUUGCACUGACCCAGAGGGACAGUCGUUCCCGGUGCGUUCUCUGGGCUGGGUGGAGAUGGCAGAGAGAGACCUGGCAGAGGGGAGGAGCAGUGUGGCUGUCCAUCACUGUAUCAGGCAGUUGUCGUACUGUAGGAGGGACAUACGAGACUCGGCAGGGGUCUGGGGAGAGGGUAAAGGCAUGCUGCUGGUGCUGCAGGACCGUGAUCUGACCCUGGUCCACCCGGACGACCACAGCAUGCUCCACUCUCAGCCAAUCAGCAGCAUCCGUGUGUGGGGCGUCGGCCGAGACCAUGACAGGGAAAGGGACUUUGCCUAUGUGGCGAGAGACAAAACCACGCGGGUGUUGAAAUGUCAUGUGUUUCGAUGUGAUACCCCUGCAGAAGCCAUAGCAACGAGUCUCCACGAAAUCUGUUCCAAGAUUAUGGCUGAGAGGAAGAGUGCCAAAGCUGCUGCCGGCAGCUCAUCCCAAACAGGCUCCGAUGUUCCUCUCCAGGAGUUUCCCGUCCCAAAGACUGAGCUGGUGCAGAAGUUCAAUGUGAACUACCUGGGGAUGACGUCUGUGUCUCGCCCCAUAGGUAAGAGAAGUAUGGACAUCAUCAACGGGGCUAUAGAGAGCCUGGUGUCCUCCACAGGAAAAGAGGACUGGACCCCUGUCAUACUGAGUGUGGCUGACGCCACCGUGGCUGUCAUCAAGGAGAAGGAAGAGGAGGAGGAAGUGCUGGUGGAGUGCCGCGUGCGUUUCCUGUCCUUCAUGGGAGUGGGCCGGGACAUCCACACCUUUGCUUUCGUYAUGGACUCUGGGAACCAGCACUUCCAGUGCCACGUGUUCUGGUGUGACCCCAACGCUGGCAGUGUGUCUGAGGCCGUGCAGGCUGCUUGUGUGCUGCGGUAUCAGAAGUGUCUGGUGGCACGCCCCCCCUCCCAGAGAGCUGGCUCCUCCUCCCCGCCCCCCGACUCGGUGACRCGCCGGGUGACCACCAGCGUGAAGCGUGGCGUCCAGUCUCUCAUAGACACUCUGAAAACAAAGAAAACGCCCUCAGAACUGCCUCAGCAAUGACGGACAGCUCACUGACCACACCCCCUACCACAGCCCCUGGCUUUGUCACUCACACUAUCGCCACAACUACGACCUACAACCACUCCUAACCAAUACCAGCCAUGGUAACCAACGAUGUACAUACAUGUUAACUUAACACCACUGGGCAGACCAAAGGAGGAAUGGAUCUGGAAAURUGUAUCUGCUCAAAAUAAUAAAAAGUGAACUAAUCUGCAGAAGAAGAAGAGGAAGGCCAAGCUACAGCAGAAUGAUGUGCUGUUAAUUUGGGUCAUCACUAGUGGAACUUUCCAUUGAGCUUUGAACUCUGCUGUGUCAUAGCGAGACUUGCCUACUUUAGCCAGGCCACAGCUGUCCUCACCAGGCACUGCCUCGUCUUGUGGAGUAUUAUUACUACUGAGCUGUAUGGAGUAUUAAGCCGAUGUCACACAAAGCAUUCUGGAUACAAUUUAUGUUGCUUGCAACAAAGUUGCACCUGUGUUGCACAGUGUGUCACCCCCCAAAUGUUUUGGGGCCUGCAACUUAGUUGCAUUGCACCGCAAGAUAGAAAUGAAUCCUAUUUCACGCAACUGACUGUAUGCGGUGUCCAAUCAGUGAGCAGAAAAAAAAGUUUACAUGACUCGUCAUAUCGUUCCGUACGGAACUCUGACCCGGUUGUCGUGUCAACACAGCUGUAAAUGCUGUYGCAAACCACAACAAAAGAGACAUGCCAAAUGUCCGAAAAAAUUGUCUAGUCAUGGCUUACGUACAUGCUCUGGCAGUCAAUAAAUGUCAUUUUAAAAGUGAACCCAGACCUUUAUCUGUGCUGUUUCAACUGAAAUUCUCCAACAUGAACUGCGCUAGCUAGGUUAGCUCGUUGCUAGCUUAUUUAGCUAGCUGGCUUGGUAAAACAUAGCCCUUGAUCAUGAUUCUCAGUUCCAUUACAUUAUACAUAAGACUUAUUGGAUGAAGGCGUCUUCUCUACGGGGGAGUUUUGUUAAGAGCCCCGAUGCUCAAUCUGAACAUUAACACGAGUCGCUUGCGGUACGGUUUUGGAAGCGUAAGGACCUUAUCUUUCAUAUCAUCGAGAAAUAAUAAAAUAAAAAAUAAAAAGGUUAAUUUGAUACACACCUUGCUACUGUAAGUGUAUCUUUUUUUAUUUGAAGGAUUCUUUCUCUUCUGAUGAAAGACAAGGGCCACAUGYUUUGAAAGCCUUGAUUAUUGACGUUUCUAAACGUCUAAACACAGCGUCRGGAUUGUAGUCAACAUGARCCAGUCGUGGGCUAAGCGAAAGGCUGAAAACUGUAGGGAGAAGGCAGAAUGCCGUCUUGAGUUUUCGAGAGCUGGGUAAAAACAGAUUUGGCAAUAGGCAAAAUUCUAGCUAACUAAAUUGUACAGCCAGCAUUUUUGUCUAUAUCGAUGCUGUUACAAUUACCAAACAUUUGGAUAAACAAAUAAUUUAUGAAMCCAUKAUGUGAUACAUAACAGGAUUGGAUGUUGCAUGCGAUUUAAAUUGCGUCCAAAUUGCUUUCUGUGACGCAGGCUAAUAAUGAGACACACUGGACAUACAUGAGAAAAAGAAACAAUCCCCAUUGAGUGCUGGCUUUGUUGCAUCAGGAAGCCCACACUGAAUGUGUGUUUGUUUAUCUACCCSUUUUUUGUACUUCUUGUACACAGUGAGAGCAGCCCUGUUCCCAUCGCAGUGCCAAACUGAGUAGCAUUCCAGAACGGGACACACACACACACAAUGGUCUCUUUAAGACGUCUGUCUCGUUGACGUGGAAACGGGACAUGCUUAUGGCAAAAGCCGAUCGCUACGGACAAGGCCACUGACCAAUCGCCGCCAUCCAGCUGUUCUACCCGACCUGGUAACCUUUGAGCCCCAGACUCCAACAGAGACGUGUCAUGUGACGGACUAGACAGCCAUGAUGUCCUAACAGAUACAGGAAGUGCACAGAGCAUGGGAACCAAUGUAUUCCAUCCCAUCUGGCUCACAUAACGGACUGAACCAAUGUCUCCCUUGAGGGGUGCUCGGAUUGUACUAUACUUAUUGUAAAGUAAUGAUUGUACCCCAGGUUGGAGAUGAGAGGUGAGAGGGAGGAAUGGGGUGGUGUUGGUAUUUCAUGUGUCUGUAAUCUGAAUGUGAGGGGAGAGAUAGAGAUGGAUCAUCAUUGGAGAGAGAAGUUACUGAGGAGGGUGUCAUUAUGGAGAUAGGUGCUCUGCACAAAAGCCUAACCCCACCAGACUAUCUAAACCUGUCCCCCCACACACACACACACACACACACACACACACACGUUCACCAAACUAUGGAGAGCUGACCGCCCACUGUCUCCUUUAGGACCCAGGAACACCUCUCUACACUCUAACUCAACUCUGUGAAUGCAAUCCACUCCAACGUUAAAAACAUACGUGAAAAUAGUGUGAUUCAUGUGCUCUGUUCUUCACUCAUCUCUACACCAUGUAAUUGUAAUCUGUUGUGAAAAUAAAUGCAAUACCAAAACAAG